UUCACGUUGUUAUAGCCAAGUUUAGCAGAGUCUUUUUCAUAUAUAUUUUAGCACAUUCUUUUAUAUUUUAUUUGUUUUGAAAUGUGACAAAACUUACUUGAUUUAUUAAUGGAUUAUAAAAUAUACUUCUUGGAAUACAUGUAUUUACAAAUGAACUGGUAUCAACUGAAACCUAUAGCACUAUGGGAGGAAACCCCAUAAUGGUUGUGGAUUAUGAAAAUGGAUAUAUUUGAGAUGAGGACUAGCUGGAUUGACAAUGCCACUUAAACAUGACUUAUUACCAAGUCUGCUCAAAAGAGAAAAGACAACACAUUGCAAAGUUAUAGCGACCAAAAGGAAAAAGAAAUCCACAAAGCAAACUCAUUCUACUAAAUCUCCAAGAGGCAAUAAAAAUGGCACUAAAACUUCAAAUCUGAAUGUUACUAUAACUCCUUUAGAUAAUAUCUCAACGGCACAAUCAAAAAGGACAACCAAAAGUGCUCCAACAGGUUCAAAGCACAAUGGGGCACAACCUAAAAACAAUCAGAGCGCAAUCAACCUUCCGAGGGUUAAACAAAGGCCUGCAACUACAGCAAUGUUUCACCCUGAAACACAAUCAGAGUUAAAAAAGAAACGAUCAGUAUCAUUGCUUAACUCUUUGAAGCCUGCCAACUUGGAAAUUGAGAAAUUAAGGUUCUUGCAAUCACAGAACUUUGAGUAUGAGCCACAAUUUGUUUACAGAUAUCCAAUUAGACGAUCUGCGAAGCAUAAAUUCAGCAAAGCAUCGGAUAGGUUUAUAUUUCAGGCCAUUCACAUCCUCAAGCAUGCUAUCAAGAUCUAUGGGAGUUACAAAGCAGUUGAAGAUUACUCUGGCGGGAGGACCCUCAGGAAACAUGAGAUCUACCGGGCUGCCAGACAAUAUAUUAAAGAUGAAAAUAUGGAAAAUGAAAUCCAGGUGAAAUUAUCGGAAGAUCUGGUCGCGAGGGCAAUGAUGGUAAAGGUCAAAGGUCAGGGGAUCUUAAACAUAAGGGCACAUGGUGUGAGAGAUGAGUGGAUGUCCGGAUUAUUGAAGCAUGAAAUAGGCACUCACUAUCUGCGUAGCUAUAACAACCUGCAACAUCCAUGGAGGGACUGGAAACGACGGAAAGAUCUUAACAUGGAACCAGUCAACCCAACAGAAGAGGGCCUUGCAUCAUUGCACAGUGUCCUCUUUAGGCAACAUCCGGUACUAUGGCGAGCUGCAAUCUUGUAUUACGCCACCUAUAAAGCUGCCAAGUUGUCAUUUAGCCAGUUGUUUAAAGAUUUAGGGAAAUUUAUGACAGAUCCCCUCGCUAGAUGGGAUUAUUGCCUCAGGGUCAAAAGAGGGAUAACUGACACAUCAAUACCAGGAUGUUUCUCCAAAGACCAAGUCUAUUUAGAAGGUGCUUUAUUGAUACUUAGAGACCGAGAAUACAUCAAUUUCCAUCUGUUGCUUCAGCUUGGGAAGAUCUCAUACAAUGACAUAGACAAUGUUAAACACCUGACAGAGUUGAAUAAUACACGUAUUCCUAGUUUCAUGAAAGAUUUGACACUGUAUAGAGCUAAUUUGGAACAUAUUCUAGCAGGUAAUGGACUUACAGAUGACAUUCUCCAUAUGGAGCAUAUGGAUGAAGAAUUAACAAAGAAAAAUCCAUAG